AUGGGUCAAAGCCUUCGAAUUAGGACAUAUAAUAUUCUUCCCCUUGUUUUCAUACAUCUAACCCAUUUGAUGUCUAGUACCUUUGGAAAGCCAAAGGCAAGCACAACUUUUCUGCCACCCAAGCUACAAAAUCUCCAUCUUGCAUAUAGGCUUCGAGAUGACCCUAGUGCCAUCAAAUUAGCCUCGAGCGAUUACGGAAAUAUAGUUAAAGAGAUCCCAGCUGCAGUUCUUUAUCCAACUUCCAUCAAUGAUAUUGCAAGCUUAAUCAAAUUUGCAGACAGUAAUAAUGCUUCUGCUCCAUUUAAUAUAGCUGCAAGAGGACAAGGCCAUUCUGUUCAUGGACAAGCAAUGGCUCGAAAUGGGGUUGUGGUGAACAUGAAUUCCUUGAAAAACAAUAGAAAUGGGAAUGGAGUUAAGGUGGUCUCAUCUGCUGCUGUAUCAUCAAUGGGACGUUGGUAUGCAGAUGUUGGGGGAGAGCAGCUUUGGGUAGAUGUAUUGAAUGCUACACUUGAACAUGGGCUUGCACCGGUAUCUUGGACAGAUUAUUUGUACCUCACUGUUGGGGGGACACUUUCGAAUGCUGGGAUUAGUGGGCAAACCUUCCGUUACGGUCCUCAGAUCAGCAAUGUCUAUGAAAUGGAUGUCAUCACUGGGAAAGGAGAUUUUGUGACAUGCUCCCCGAAAAAAAACACCGAUGUCUUUUAUGCAGUUCUUGGAGGUUUAGGCCAAUUUGGGAUUAUAGUCAGAGCAAGAAUCGCGUUGCAGUCAGCACCAAAGAGGGUUAAGUGGGUUCGAAUGCUUUACAACGACUUCUCAGCAUUUGCUAGAGACCAAGAACACUUGAUUUCAAUUAGUGGAAGGGUUGAUGAGCAAAAGUACAUGAUUGCAGUUGAUUAUUUAGAAGGUUUACUUCUCAUGAACCAUGGUCCCCUCGAUCAUUGGAGAACAUCCUUUUUUCCAUCAAAGGAUCACUUCAGAAUCAGUUCUCUAAUUACAAAAUAUGGCAUCAUAUACUGUCUAGAAAUAGCCAAAUAUUAUGAUGAUUCCACUCUUAAUUCAGUGGACGAGGAACUCCAAGUUUUGUUCCAAAUGUUGAGCUUCAUCCCAGGAUAUACGUUCGAGAAAGACUUCUCGUAUGCAGAUUUUUUGACCAGAGUUGCGCAGAUUGAAGAUCAGCAAAUUAGAGUUCAUGAGUCGUCACAAGGUCGACAAUGGGAUGAUAAUCUUCAUCCAUGGCUGAAUCUGUUUCUACCAAAAUCCCAUAUCUCAGACUUCAACUCUGGUGUUUUCAAGGACAUUGUUCUUAAACGAAACAUUACUACGGGACUUGUCCUUGUUUACCCCAUGAACCGAAACAAGUGGGAUGACAGAAUGUCUGCAGUUACACCAGAUGAAGAUGUUUUCUACACUGUUGGGUUUUUGCAUUCAAGUGGGUUUGAUUCCAGCUUGGAGAUGCUUGAUGUACAAAACAAAGACAUACUUCAGUUUUGUUAUAAUGCCAGCAUCAAGGUUAAGAAGUAUCUUCCCAACUACAAGACAAAGGAAGAAUGGAAAAACCUGCAUUUUGGCAUGAAGUGGGAAACUUUUCAGGAGAGAAAAGCUCAGUUUGAUCCCAAAAUGAUACUAUCACCAGGACAAAGAAUUUUCAAUAACAACUAA